UACUGUAUGUUAGCUUGCAAUUUUGAGAGAUUUUAAACAGCAACAGCAAAUGUCUCGAACAUAGUGAAAAUCAAAAUACUGAGUUUGCCCGUAACGGAGGUAUUACUGUAGGUGACGGUGAUAAUGAUAUUGAGUAUUCUCCAUUGUAGUGAUUCCUGGGUGAUGGAUUUCUCUGAGCAGUACGUGGAAUGUAGCGAAUAACAAAAAGUGAGAGAAUGUUGAGGAACGCUUCAUUAUUCAGGUCAUGGGUUCCUGUCCACCCUGGAACAGGAUUGUUGAGAAUUUCCAAAAGGCACGAGAGGUCUGAUGCUCGUACCAACGUCAAGACAUUGGAGACCUUCUCCACUGUUCGAGAGGGAAAGAUAUUUUUACAAUCAUGUGACAAAUUGACGGAGCGGGUUGCGAUGACCGGAUUCAAAAGAGCUUAUUCAUUGGCCGUUUCAGAGAUACGCAGCUCUCCCCAUAUUUUGAAUGCUGGUGUGGUUUCAAGUGACCUGGCUUAUUUGGCUGUCAAGGUGGCACAAUCUGGCUUAUCGGAUAAGAAUUUUGCAUUAGUUUUGGAAGGUCUUGGUCGACUGGAGAUAUCGUGCGUUGAUUUCCUAUCAGAGAAUCCGCGCCAUGAGUCACUGGUCCAUGCGCUGACCCAUUGUUGCAGACAAGGUGUUCAGUCCAGUGCCUUGAGUACAUCCUUCCUCAAUCUUAUUCUGAACAAAAGGCAUGAAGUCAGCAAUAGCCAGUUAUUGGAAUACCUUCCAUUGCUAGCUUCCCUGAGCUAUGGCGGCAACAAAGUAUCAACUGAGAUGUCAAGGUUUUUGCGGCGUCGAUUCUACGGUGAGACUGUUGCGACAACUGAUAUCCCAGCUCUGACUGUGUUCUGUGCCCGUGCUGGGUACUCAUUGCUGUGCAAUGAUAUCCUUGAAGCGUAUCACAACGAUCUCCUCUUACGGCCUGAUGUGUUGCUGAAGAUCGCUGGUCACUGUCGACUCCCGCCAGCCUUGCAGCACCAUCUGGUUCAUCAUCUUCAGCUGGAUGUGAAGCAGUUUCCUGCAGCAGACUUGGCUGAUGCUGUACGUGCUUUUGGAAGUGCAAUUCCCCAAGCACUAGAGACUGAAAUGAUGCUUGCUAUCCUUUCCAAAGCAAAUCAGCUGUCCUGUAAGCAGCUUGUCAGUACGAUGUACAAGGCAUGUAAAAUCAACAUGAAGCCUCUUCCAGCAGAGAGUGCACUGGAGUGCAUCUCAUUCUUGUGCAUGCAUAUGGAACAACUGGAUGCCAAGGAUCUGUGCAUAGCACUGGAGUUUGCCGAGCUCUUCAAAAUUGAUGUUGAGAACUUUGUACGCCUUGCAUGUAUAGAGGUGACCGAGAGAAUUUCAUUCAUGGUGAAGCCGCAGUCCAAGCUACUGCCUCUGCUUAGGUUGAUCAAAAUCAGGGAUAUGAAGCUCAGGUGUGCAUUGCCUGAUAAUAAUGGCUUGCGCAUCUUGGCUGAUAUUCUGACUUCAACACCACUGCGGCCCUUGUGGGUUUAUGCAGAUCUUGUGGAGUUUUUGAAUGGAGGAAACUAUCUACUCUCCAACUUGGUCAGUAUGGUUGGCAGCAGCGCACUCUGUCACCUCCCGUCAACCUUUUUGCAGGGAAUUUGCAAAGUGGCUGUUGACUCUCGUGUUCCUCUGUUGGUGUUGCCUUUCGUUAAUGAGCUGGUAAGCCGCGUGGAUGAGGUGGAGUCUGCUAUAGACAUGCUCUUGUGGAUGUCAGAGUAUGUUCCUCUAUCAUCGAAUGAAUCUAUCUGGAAGCAGAUUGUGGAGCGAACCGUCGCUUCCAAGCUAAAUGACUCUCAACCACCAGAAAAGUGGCUAGGUCUUCUGCUAGUUCUCAGUGGCAAUGAACUGAGCCAACUGGUAGGGCAGCACAUUGUCUCUCUCGUUCAAAGUGGCUCUGUACAGUGGCCAGUACGCAGUGUUGUGGAAGCAAUCAUCAGCCUGGCAUCUGCCAACAUCACCUGCCUGGAGAUUGUGACAACACUCUCCCAAAUGCCCAAUGUUGUUCAGAGCCUUGAGGUACUGCCAGUGCAUCUGCUGGGGAAUCUUGUGUACAGCUGUGGGCGUUUGGGAUUUGUGGUGCCACAAACUCUCCGAGAACCAAUCUUGGCUGACCGUUACAAUGUUUUCAACAAGAUCAAUCUUUACUGGGCACUCAUCGCCGGUAAUUCUAAGGACGUGGAUGAUGAUUGUACCAGCCUUCUACAAUCUAUUUCUGCCGGAGACCUGAAAGGGGCAUCCAACGACAUCAUCCAGAGACUUCAACAGUUGCACACCCAUAGCAUCAUCAAGAAAGGAGCAUCUGCCGCAUUGAGAGAUGACACUGCUAGAUUUGUGUCGUCCAAGUUGAUUGGCGAGUGUUACAUUCAAGCCGAUCCUGUUGUUCAGGACUUGGCAACCCGUGUAAGGAGUCAAGUAGGAGAAGAUUACGUCCUGUACAAUUGCACAACGGCUGGUGGUGGCAUUGUUGAUGUGGCUUUGCAACUGGAUGGCAACAACCAGCUAGUGGCAUGGCAAGAUAAAGGCACGCACACUACCAUAUCAAAGAAGGCGAUUCCAUUGGCACAGCGGACGUCAUACAAGAACAUGAAGGCAAUCGCCGAUCCAGUGAUGCAACGGCUACCUGCAUCGGAUGGUGUGAGACGGUUUGCUCUUCUUGUCAUUGAUGAAAAGAAGCAUCAUGUAGCUGGGUCGAAACGAAUGGUAGGGGAAUCCGUUCUACGUGUCUUGGCACUGCAGUCACUGGGUUGGCAUGUCAUCAAGGUGCUGAAGAAGGACGCUGCUGAGUUCUGUCUGUUUGACAAAAUUGGCAUUUCCAAAAAGUAGUAGGUUUCUUUUCGAUUGAAAAGAUUAUAUGUACACUCAUCUAGAUCAUCCUAGUUUUAUACAGACUGCAUGUACAUACUAAUAAUUUACUAAUAAUUUUAUAUAUAUACAUGUACAAUGUACACUCAUAGCAUCAAAGAACGCAUAAAAUGUAGUUGAUUUUGAGCAUAAAAGGUGCGCAUAGUUUUAAAAUCAGCAUUUUCAUCACAACAAAAGCAUAAUAUGACAGCUAUGUACAAGAAGCUCGGGCUUGUUGUUGCCUUGUGUAACCGUGAUCGUUCCUGAAGAACAUGAGAAGAAUAGACAACAGCCGUAAUUUAGGUUUUGAUUGAGAAUACAAAUUGCUUUGUUGAGGUGCCACUCAAUGAUCAAUUCACCCCUGGACAAGACCAAUCUAUUUCUUUCUCACUUUGUGAUUACUGGUGUUAGCACCAUACUAUCAAGAAUACCGUAUUUCCGCAAA